AUGCCUCACAGAGGGGCAGGACGUGGUGGCCACACCAUCGCUGGAGCAGCACUCCGUGGCGCUGGCCUGGUCAUGGACGGAGACGUCGGAAUGCGAGAUGCUGCCGGCCCGAGUCGAAGCAGAGCAGGAGGAGCUGGCGGCAGAAAAGGUUCGCGCAACGGUGGUGCAGACCCAGCGAAUACCAACGGUUCUGGAGGCUCUCUAGCACGCCGCCUUGCACGACAGCAGCGUGCCGAUCCGCUCGGUAAUCGUCCGCCUGCAAAAGGCAGGAAAGCGGCCGUCAAUGUCAAUGAUGGCCUUCGAGCCGGCAACACCGCCUCCGUCCUCAAAAGCAUCUCUUCAUCAAGAUCUCAGGGCGGCGGGCGCAUUCCGGGCGGAGGCGUCACAGUCUUCUCAGGCACAGACAUGCCCAAGACUCAGAAUGUCAUUUCCCUCGUCAAACGCUUCCUCCAUUCGCGGUGGAACCCGCAAGCAAAGUUCCUCAACCUCGAGAACAUGCGCGCGGACCCCAUCCUCGAAGCGGAAGGCAUCAAGCCACCAGGCGUUGGUGGCUCGCCAAGGGAGCUCGGCAAUGUCAUCUGGAAGAUCUGCUCAGAAACGUAUCCGGACGUCAUCACGAUAUCGCUGGCAAACAACGGCUUUCGCAGCUUGGGACCUGUUAGCUCAUUGCCAGCCUUCUUUCCCAAUCUGCAAAACCUCUCUCUCGAAGGGAACGAGCUCAAGUGGACCAAAGAUCUUGACGUCUUCGCGUCCAGGAGGAGCAAGCUGACCAACCUCAAGGAGCUGUUGCUGACGGGCAACCCCGUUCACGCGAGUGCAAUCGCUGCAGGUAACGAGGAGGGAUAUCGUCGCGAAGUGCUGUCCAAGUUCAGCACACUGACCCUGCUCGAUCAGAAGCCCGUCACGCCAACCGAAUCGGGCUUUGCUAAUUUGCCAUCUUCCGUCAAGUCGAAGAAGGUCGAUGCGGACGCAGCGCAGGUGCCUCUUCGCAACUUCCCGGUCCCCAACAAACCGGGCUUUAUCGACGCGGAGGCCGGCGCCAUCAUGCCCAACUUUCUUUCCAAAUACUUCACACUCUACGACACGGACAGGAACCAGCUCAGCGAAGCGUACGCUCCCUUGGCUCAGUUCUCUCUCUGCCUCAACGUCAUUCCACCGCCGAGGGCACGUGCGGCCGGCUUCCUGCACACCAUGCCCAAUCAAAAGGACCUCUCGUUCAAUCGCUAUCAGGACAUCGGCAACCGCAAUCUGAUGCGUGUCCACGCACCCAAGAUGCGCAACCAGUCGCUUCAUCACGGCGUCGGCUCCAUCCUGGCCGCUCUCCGAAAGCUUCCCAAGACUUCGCAUCCUCUCAACGAUGCGUCCAAGUUCGUCGUUGAUUCCUGGGUGCUGCCGAACAAUGUCAUCGGCGCCAGGCUCAAGAACGAGGAGCGUCCCGAGGCGCUGCUCUUCAUCAACGUGCACGGCGAGUUUGCUGAAGCACCGACGCAAGGCAUCCGCUCGUUCGAUCGCACCUUUGCAGUAGCACCCACGCCGCCCGACAGUCCAGCAGCAGCUGCUGGAUGGCCCUGCGUCAUCUUGUCGGACCAGCUGGUCGUCCGCCAUUACUCCAGUCCUUCUGCUUGGGCUGCCGACAGCUUGCCAACCGGCGAAGUGACGGCUGAACAGACGCAGGCUUUGCAAGCAGCGCAACAAGGCGGACAGGCAGCAGUCGUGCCGCCUCAGGCAGCUCCUCAAACAGCCCCUCCGACCGGGCCCGCAGCCACGAAUGGCGCCGCUCUGCCGCCUCAUCUCCAGAACCAGGCUCCGGCAGCAGGCAUCAAUGAACAGCAGCACACCAUGUCUCUGCAACUUGCCACGCAGACCGGACUCAUCUAUCCAUUUGCAGUGCAGUGCCUGCAAGAGAACGGCUGGGACUACAACCUCGCCUUCACCAACUUCCAAAAUCUCAAAGCGAGCAACGCGAUCCCUCCGCAGGCAUUCGCUCAAGCUGUAUAA